AUGCUCUAUAGUGUGCGUAUUAGCCGGUUUUUUUCGCCAAAGAAAGACAUACUUCGCACUGGUUUUUUUUUUCUGUCUUCUCUACACCCAGAUAUCUGCUUACGUUAUAAAUUCAAAAAAAUCGGCAUAAGCUUAAACGUAUCAACUAUGGAAUCACUCACCCGCGCCUCUCUCAAGGUGUGUCCCUUUGUGAGAUCUCAAUCCACUCAGGCCCUUCGUCAGAUGACUAAAACGUCUUCUUUAACUAAGCAUGCUCGUGCUUGUCCUUUUGCCGGUACUGCCUUGUCUGUGAGGGAGUACACGAUGGCAUCAAAGACAAACAAGGCUUCGACUGCCCCAGCGUCAUUCUCCAGUGGCCAAUCGAGCCCAUACGCUCUCAGCGAUGCUGAUUUGGUGGGCAAUAAGUUGGAACUUUUGGACAAGGCUAGCAAGGAAACCGCAUUUGACUAUGACGGAUUCAUCGAGGAUGAACUUGACAAGAAGAGAAAGGACAAGUCGUACCGGUUCUUCAACAACAUUAACCGUUUGGCCAAGGAAUUCCCAAAGGCUCACAUGACUGAGGAGUUUGAGAAAGUCACUGUGUGGUGUGCCAAUGACUAUUUGGGAAUGGGAACAAACAAAGAAACAUUGAAGGCAAUGCGUGAAACUUUGGACAAGUAUGGUGCUGGUGCUGGAGGAACAAGAAACAUCGCGGGCCAUAACAGAAAUGCGAUCAAGUUAGAGGCUGAGCUUGCAGCUUUGCACAAGCAUGAAGCAGCCUUAGUUUUCAGCUCUUGUUUCGUUGCCAACGAUGCUGUUCUUUCACUUUUGGGCCAGAAAAUGAAAGACUUGGUGAUCUUUUCUGAUGAGUUGAACCAUGCCUCGAUGAUUCAAGGUAUUCGUAACUCUAGAGCGAAGAAGGAGAUUUUCAAGCACAACAACCUUGCUGAUUUGGAAAGCAGAUUGGCCAAGUACCCGAAAUCAACUCCAAAGUUGAUUGCUUUCGAGUCUGUUUAUUCUAUGUGCGGAUCUAUUGCGCCUAUUGAAGCCAUUUGUGAUUUAGCAGAUAAGUAUGGCGCCAUGACCUUUUUAGAUGAGGUUCAUGCAGUGGGUAUGUAUGGACCUCAUGGAGCUGGUGUGGCGGAACAUUUGAAUUUUGAAGAACAUUUGAAGGCAGGUUUGAACGCAAUCAGACCUGACCUGGUCAUGAAUAGAAUUGACAUGGUCACAGGAACUUUAGGAAAGGCCUACGGUGUCGUGGGUGGCUACAUUACCGGUAAGCGAAACUUGAUUGACUGGUUCAGGUCCUUCGCUCCUGGUUUUAUUUUUACUACGUCUUUACCUCCUGCUGUUAUGGCCGGUGCUUCCGCAUCGAUCAGGUAUCAACGCUCGACUUUGAAGGACCGGAUCGCGCAACAAAAGAACACCAGAUACGUUAAAGAAAACUUCAACAACAUCGGUAUUCCUGUUAUUCCAAACCCUUCGCACAUUGUGCCGGUGUUGAUUGGUAAUGCUGCUGAUGCGAAACAAGCUUCAGACUUGCUAUUGGCCAAACACAAUAUUUAUGUUCAAGCGAUCAACUUUCCAACUGUCCCUAUUGGCGAAGAGAGAUUAAGAAUCACUCCAACCCCUGGACAUGGGCCUCAACUCGCUCACCAGUUGAUCGAAGCCGUCGACUCCGUUUUUAAUGAAUUGGAUCUUCCAAGAAUCACCGACUGGGAAAGAAGAGGUGGCUUAUGUGGUGUUGGAGACUCCUCCGCUGCUCCAGUGCAGCAUAUUUGGACUGACGCUCAAUUGAGCUUAACAGACGAUGACUUGAAUACUAAUGUUGUUGACCCAACCAUUGAACCAAAUGAGGUCAGCUCUGGUAUUCGUUUGUGA